AACUUCCAGAAAAGGUCAGGCUCUUGGGCUUUGUGGUGGCUACUCUGGUUUGGGUGUCCUCGGCAAAAUGGUGUCGCUGUAAUCAAGGGGUCACAUAUCGUUCUGGGUUCCACUGUGCAAGAACAGACAGCAACUCUGCGCCCGUACCUCAACGCUGUGCGUGCCACGCUGCAGGCCGCCCUCUGUCUGGAGAACUUCUCCUCUCAGGUGGUGGAGCGCCACAACAAGCCAGAGGUGGAGGUCCGGAGCAGUAAAGAGUUGCUGCUGCAGCCAGUCAUCAUCAGUCGUAAUGACAAGGAGAAGGUUCUUAUCGAGGGCUCCAUCAACUCAGUCCGAGUCAGCAUCGCUGUCAAGCAGGUCAGUGAGACUACUUAUUCCAACGUGUUUAACUUGUCCUUCGGUGCAGUUGACAUGCUUGAUUUAGGUGACUUUCAUGCUUUAUUCAUAUUUAGGGAUCUUUUUCUCCGUCAUUGUCGUUAACCUAACAGAAGUGCAGAGACGUAAGCUCAGCUGUACCCUUUUCCCCCCUGUUAUGUGAGGAUGAUUGUUUGCUGGUUUGUCAUAGACAUGAAAUGUAUACUGUGAUUAGUUGUUUUUUACUACCUGGUGUAUGAUUGCUGGCUUUUAGAGCUGUAGCCUCUGAUUGGUGGGUGCUAAGUCUGACUGCUGUGUGAUUUGCUGUGUCCCUGAAGGCAGAUGAGAUUGAGAAGAUCCUGUGCCAUAAGUUCAUGCGCUUCAUGAUGAUGAGAGCAGAGAACUUCUUCAUCCUGAGGAGGAAACCAGUGGAGGGCUAUGACAUCAGUUUCCUCAUCACCAACUUCCACACAGAGCAGAUGUACAAGCACAAGCUGGUGGACUUCGUCAUCCAUUUCAUGGAAGAGAUCGACAAGGAGAUCAGUGAGAUGAAGCUGUCUGUCAAUGCCAGGGCCCGUAUCGUCGCUGAGGAGUUCCUCAAAAACUUCUAAGAAAAUUCCCAAACAUUCCUUACGCUGAUCACAACUGUCAACAUGGUUUCUUGGAGGGUGCGCAUCACAGGACAGAGAGAGAAGGGGCAAAAGUGUGACCAGUCAAUCGCAGUCGGAAAAAGUAAAGACUCGUCAGACCAAUGGGGUGUGGCCCUUCAUUAAGGUAUCCCUGUGCUCAAAAAUAUUGAUGUUUGUACAUAAUGAAUAUUCACAGCCUCAUUUAAUUUCUGCUUUUAGAACAAAGCUUUAAAAUCAGGGUGGGUCCUUAAAAUGAAACCCUAAUCAAUAUUAAUGAGCACAGGGAAAUUCUGAUUAUUAUUAUUUUUUUGAUAAUGUAAACAGUUUAUUUUACUUUUUUUUGAAAUAUAAAUAUUAUAUGCACACCAUUGUUUUGCUAUGUUUUUGUUACAACAAACAUUCAAACCUGAGGAAAAAUGAAUUGGUGCACUUGUUUCUUGUCUUAAUACACACAGAGCAGACCCUAUCAUUGAUGGAAAUUAUUAUGAUGAUAAUAAUAGUGCUGGCAGUGAUGAUGAAUAAACCCCUUUAUUGUUU